AUGCCAUCACAAAGAAAAACAACGGCCCCUAGUCCCCAGCAGGCUUUAAGUGGUCAAGGGCUGCUAAGAAUCCCUGGGAAGCAUGCAAUAGCGGAGGGAUGUUGCAGAAAAAUUCAGAAUGGCCCCUCUAUGGUACUUGGACUUGGAACGCUUAAUGUUGGAUCACUGACUGGCCGCAGCAUGGAAAUCACAAAAAUGCUUGAGCGUAGGAUUGACAUCUGCUGCCUUCAGAAGACCCAAUGGAAAUCGAAUGGUGUCUGUCAUAUAAAUUCAGACAAAGAAAAAUAUAAACUAUUUUGGAAUGGUCAAAAGACGGCCAAAAAUGGUGUUGCAAUUUUUGUCAAAGAACCGCUAGCCCAAGAAGCGAUCUCAAUGGCCACGUUGGAUAGAAAACAGAUGGUUUUGACAACGUGCUUGGCGGUUUUGGCUAUGGAGAACGGAAUGAAGAUGGCAACCGCAUCCUUGAGUUUGCUGAAAGUCACUGGAUUUGUUUACUGA